GAUGUUCAUGUCAGUGUCGAAGCCAAUCGAGAUGGUAUCUAAGCGAAUGUACUUUUGCGUUUGCUGGUCAGAUUUGCGAGACGAUUAUGUUGAAUCAUCAUUCAACUGAUCUAUUGUUUCAUUGUGUGUGGGAUUGCCAGUGCCGUUCGUGGCUUUUUGUGCUUCCAAGUUAAAGUUUUUAUUGUGAAAGUACUUUCCAAAAUCCCGCGAUGACAGAAGAGGAAACGAAAGAGAAACUCAGCUGGAGUUGCUGGCUGCGAACGAUGUUUGCCUGCAGUGGGGCAAUGAUGUUGUUUGUUUUCACCGGAGUCGUUCAAGCUCAGUCUGCUGUACUUUUACCUCAACUUAAAGGAAAUGACAGUAUAAUUCACGUGACCCCAGAAGAAGAAACUUGGAUAGCCAGUCUCGGCAUUUUCAUGUCACCUGUCUCAGCUCUCUUCGUCGGACCGUUCAUCGACGUGCUGGGGCGGAAAAAAGGGUUGCUUUUUUUCUACAUCAACAUGGGACUUGGUUUUAGUAUAAUAGCAUGCGCCUCAAAAGUUUGGCACAUCUAUCUUGGUCGCUGCAUAUGUUCCUUCGCUGUUGGUUUGGAAGUGGCGGCAGUGGUGUACAUGAGUGAGACCUGUCCAAAAGAGCUGCGCAGCAUAAUCCUCUCAAUAAGUUCGGCCACGCUUACGAUCGGGAUCUCAAUCACCUACGUCAUCGGCGGCUACCUCCACUGGGCACUAGCUUCAGCCAUCUUCGCCGUCGGCUGUUUCGUCUAUGUCAUCAUCCAAGCCCUCGCUCCGGAAACCCCACCGUGGCUUUUCAAGCAGGGCUUCAAAGAUGACGCCACCCGGAGUCUUCAGCAGCUAGGGCGAAGUCCCUCGGGGAUCCUCAGAGAAAUUAAACUUCUCGAAAUCUCAGCCCCAGAACACACCGAGAGACUAAGCAUCGGUACCUUCCUGGAUCCGACCAUCUAUAAACCGUUCCUCAUCAUCUUCGCGUUUAUGUUCCUUCAGGUCUUGACAGGAGUUUACCACAUCAUGUACUACACCUUGAACUUCGUCGAGCGGCUAGGAACGACCUACGACUCCCUCCAAGUCUCGAUCAUCAUCGCCUUGGCCAGGAUGCUGGCCAACCUCACGCUCGGCGGGUACUCGACCGCGUUCGUGAGCCGAAAAUGGGCGACAGCGCUCUCUGCCGGGCUCGGCGCGAUCGUCCUCGCCUUGGCCGGCGCCUACGAGUUCCUGUACCGCUCCGUGCCCGUCGGUCAGAAGCCCUACGAGUGGGUCCCGAUCGCCCUGGUCGUCGUCAACAUCGCCGCGAGUAUGAUCGCGGUGACGCCUUUGCCGUGGCUCAUGGGAGGUGAGGUUUUCCCUCUUCGAGUGAGGGGUUCCAUGUCGGGGGCUGUGUUCGUCGUAGGUUCGGCCAUGAUGUUCUUCUUCAUCAAGAUCUACGAGGAGUUGAUGGAGUUGUUGCAGAUCUGGGGAAUGCUCUUCUUCUACGCGGUGGCAUCUGUUGUCAUGGUUUUGUUCGCCGUGUACCUCCUGCCCGAGACGCAGGGUAAAUCUUUGUUCGAGAUAGAGCAGGGUUUCCUUCCGAAAAAUAAACGGCUCAGCCGGGAGCCGGAGCCAGCGGGCGGAGCUACCUCGUAAAUGGCGAGGAAAUUGAGAAGAUGGUCACGCCCUCUCAGAAUCUUUUUUGGAGUUUAUGGAGUUGUUUUCAGACGAACGAUCAUUAUUUGGAUUGCAUUUUGCAAAAAGGAACCAAGAGCAUUCCAAUGAUGCUGGGAUUGUGCAACUUACAUUCUAGGCAGCACUAUUACUGAAAUCAUG